UAUUUGUUGUUAUACAAAAUAUAUUUUCAAUUAGAAGCUUUGUAUCAUCUGGUUGUGUCGUUUUAAAAUCUGAGUGAAAUUCAAUAGGCAAAAAAGCACUGUUGUUGGAAAGCACCCUGUUUUACGAGUGUCCCUGAAGGCAUCAGCUAGCAGUCCAGGGAGGAUGCAGACCAGAACAACGGACAAGUACAGUUCUGGUCCAGGCUGACAAAACCCACCAAAGUGGUCGUAAAUUCAGGGCUGUCUGUGUUUUUUCUUAAUCCAGGACCGACCGUCUGCUCGCUAGGUCCUGAGCCCAACCGGACCCGGACUUGCAACGUCGCCUGUGGACAAUGGACUCUCACGUCCUCAACAUCCGCAAUCAGAGGCUCCAACCGGGCAUCGGAUUCGGUUCUGGGCCGACGGGGACCCUCCGCUCCUCCUCUCUGCGGCCAGGCGUCACGGUGCCUAUCCCGCCGCCGCCGCUGCUUCCCUCCGCGGCUUCCCUCGUCGCCUCCUCGGGGCCUCCUCCACCGCCACCGCCGCUUCAGCUCCACAGCCUCUACGGAGGAGUUGCCGGAGUUGGAGCCGGCCUGGGUCCCACCGCCCCCGGCCACUGCAACCCGGGGAACCCGGCGGUGCUGAAGGAGGCAGUGGAGGCUGUGGUCCGCAGCUUCGCCAAGCACACGCAGGGCUACGGCAGAGUCAACGUGGUGGAGGCCCUGCAGGAGUUCUGGCAGAUGAAGCUGAGCCGGGGAGCCGACCUACGCAACGGAGCGCUGGUUGUUUACGAAAUGGUGCCGUCCAACAGCCCCCCGUACGUCUGCUACGUGAGCCUCCCGGGAGGCAGCUGCUUCGGAAGCUUCCAAUUCUGUCCCACCAAGGCUGAGGCCAGACGCAGCGCAGCCAAGAUCGCCCUCAUGAACUCUGUUUUUAACGAACACCCAUCCCGACGCAUCACGGACGACUUCAUCGAGAAAAGCGUCAGCGAGGCUUUGGCGUCCUUCAACGGAAACAGAGAGGAGGCCGACAAUCCCAACACGGGAAUCGGAGCGUUCCGUUUCAUGUUGGAAUCCAACAAAGGCAAAUCCAUGCUGGAGUUUCAGGAGCUGAUGACCGUUUUCCAGCUCCUCCACUGGAACGGAAGCCUGAAAGCCAUGAGGGAACGCCAGUGUUCCCGUCAGGAAGUGCUGGCUCACUACUCCCACCGGGCGCUGGACGACGACAUGCGCACCCAGAUGGCGGCCGACUGGGUGAACCGGGAGCAGAGCGUGGCCAGCACCAUCGCCCAGGAGCUGGCGUCGACUGAGCGCGAGCUGGAGGAGGCCAGGCUGGCCGGGCGGGAGCUGCGCUUCUACAAGGAGAAGAAGGACAUCCUGAUGUUAGCCGUGGGCCAGCUCAACGCCGCCAACGCCGCCACGCUGCCCGCGCACUAAAUCCUCGGGGCGGGGUAACAACACAUGAAACCAGCCAUGAAACAAGCCGCAAUUGAUCGCUUGUUACAUUUUUGGUGCCUCGCCGUUACAAAAUCUGUGUUUUUUCUUGUCAAAUUGGCGUACCAGCUGGCUGGAGUUUACAUGUUUUGUCUGCCUCGGAGCUGCCUUUCGUCAGUGAAUGUGUGAGGCCAUCAAAACACACCAUUUAGCACUCAUUUCUUUGAUUAAUACUUAAGUUUUGCAUAUUUUAAAGUACACAGAGCCUUUUAUUAUCACCGCAGAACACAUAGAAGAGGAAUGAGCAGGAUCGUGCAUCAAAAUGCGUGUUACAGUGAUCAUUUUUAAGCAAAGCAGCUCAGGUGUAACAAGCAGUGAGUGUGGGUGUGUUGGCAUCAGAAUGUACAUUUUCACUGAAGGACCUACAAACAUGUUGUUCCAGCAAUUUAGACUAUUGACUGUCUGAAGGUUUUUAUUUGAAUGUGGUUUGUUUGUAUUGAGCAACUGCGUCACAUGCAAGUCACUUAAGUCAACACAACACACAACAAUUGAUUUGAAUGUUUUUGCAGUGCCACUGUAGCAUAGGCAAAUUCUUUAAUGCUCGAAAUCUGACAUUCCGACUUAAACUGUAUUUUGUUUUGUUUCCGUCUUAUCUAAGGGAGGUGACUAGCAGAUGUGUGCACGAGUGAUGCUGCUUAAACAGCAGGAGUACUCAAAGUUGGAUUACAGCUGCAAAGAAUGACUGCAGAGUUGCAUAUAAAAUAAGAUAAGCACAAAUAAAAGCUAGAUCCUUAUAUAAUGGUUGUUACGGUGCCUUUACAAACAUGGUAGCAGGCGUACUUGCUCAAGUACACUUAAACCUCCGUCCCCUUUUUUCCAUUUCCUUUCAUAAAAACCCUUGCUAUCAUUCAGAGUUGAAAUCCUACUCUGUUAGUUUUGUAGCAGCAGAACUAUGCCUGCAAGUCAUUUGGUCACCAUAGCAAAGAGCUUCCAUGUUCAAAUAGCGCCGUGAACAAUAGAGCAUUCAUGUGAUAAAAUGCUCACUUUAACCUCAAUUUGGCAGCUCUGUUUAUAUCCCCGCCUUGCCUUGUCAUUCACAUCACUUUACUAUUGGAUGUCAGUGUUAGAUUUCUUUUUAAACAUAAGCCAUCUUUCUGACAAAGACAUUUAUGUGUGAUCCAUAUAUUGAGGGCUUUUAAGAAGUUAGUUUAUUAAAACAUAUAUUUUGCCUUGGGUGCAUAUCGCUAUUAAGUUGUCUGUACUGAAACGGUAUUUUUGUUUUUGUAAAGGACUUAUCCAGGUCAUCAUUGUGUGUAUUUUCUAUGAGUGUUUUGUAUUCCAUGUCUUGUUUAUACAUUUAGUAGAUUUAUAUAAUAAAGUACACGAUGAUA